AUGGAGGUUUCACAUCUUCCCCAGCAAGAUCAGCAACAGCAGCAACAGCAGCAAUCGCAACAACAACAACAGCAACAACAGCAACCACUACAACAACAACAACAAUCACAACAAGCUGCACUUAGUGGAAAAAUGCUAGAUGCUCAACAAUUAUUACCUAAUGGAGAGCAACCUAGGACAAUUCCGGUUGUUCCAUCACAGUACACGGCAAACCGGGCGCAGCCAGGCCAACAGGCAUACACUACGGUACCAGAAUACGCAGCACAGAGUGUUGGAUCAGGUUUGAAGCAUCAAGAAGGUGGAUUUCUGUCCUUGGCGGAAGAUUCAGAAAAUGCAGUCAGUUCUCCCGGUGAGCAGGUAGAAGGUCUAGCGGCUUUAACGGGCGAACAAAGGCAGCGAGUGGAAUAUCUGCAGAGAAUGCCAUCGUAUCAGGCAAUAAUACAGGCAGACUUCAAGCCGCUCCAAAAGCUCAUGGGGAAGAUUUCGAUGCUUCCAAGAAGACCGGAUGUUUCCAAGGGCAAAUACUCGCUAAAGGACUUCCAGAUGCUGAGAACGUUGGGAACGGGAUCGUUUGGAAGAGUCCAUUUGGUGCGAUCCGUGCAUAAUCACCGGUAUUAUGCCAUCAAAGUGCUCAAAAAGGCCCAGGUGAUCAAAAUGAAGCAGGUGGAACACACAAACGAUGAACGGAGAAUGCUCAAGUUGGUCGAGCACCCCUUCCUAAUCCGGAUGUGGGGCACAUUCCAGGACUCGCGGAAUCUCUUUAUGGUGAUGGAUUUCAUCGAAGGUGGAGAGUUGUUUUCUUUGCUUCGCAAGUCGCAGCGUUUCCCAAAUCCAGUUGCCAAGUUCUAUGCUGCCGAGGUUAUUCUCGCAAUCGAGUACUUACACUCCCACAAUAUCAUAUACAGGGACUUGAAGCCCGAAAACAUCCUUUUGGACCGUAAUGGACACAUCAAGAUUACUGACUUUGGUUUUGCCAAAGAGGUUGAAACUGUUACAUGGACUCUCUGUGGUACUCCCGACUAUAUUGCACCCGAGGUCAUCACCACAAAGCCAUACAACAAGUCUGUUGAUUGGUGGUCUCUUGGAAUCCUCAUCUAUGAGAUGCUUGCUGGUUAUACUCCAUUUUACGAUCAGACACCAAUGAAAACUUACGAAAAGAUCCUUGUUGGAAAGGUGUUCUAUCCUUCAUACUUCCAUCCCGACGUUGUUGACUUGCUCUCCAAGUUGAUAACCUCCGAUUUGACCCGGAGGUUGGGUAAUUUGCAAAAUGGUGCCGAGGACAUAAGAAACCAUCCUUGGUUUAGCGAAGUUGUUUGGGAGAAGUUGUUGAUGAAGGACAUAGAGACGCCUUAUGAGCCUCCAAUUACUGCUGGUGUUGGUGACACUUCUUUGUUUGACAGAUAUCCUGAAACGCAGAUGGAUUAUGGUGUUCAGUGUGAUGAUCCAUAUGCCGAUUAUUUCAAGGACUUCUGA